AUGUCUACUCGUAAGAGAAAGCAAGAAGCCGAGGAAGAGGAGGAGCUUCAAUCGCUUCCUGAAGACAGCGAGGAAGAAGAAGAAUAUGAAGACUCCGAGGUAGAGCAAAGCGACCUUGGCAGCGAGGAAGAAGAGGAGGAGGAGGAGGAAUUUGACGAGGAGGCCGAGGGUGAGGCUGAAGAGCCCGAAGAAGAAGCCCCUGCGCCCAAGAAACGAAAGACCGCUCCAGCUCCUCCGGCUGACGAGGAAGAGGAGGAGGAAGAGGUUGCGCAGAGCGGCGAAAACGAUGCCGAGAACGGCGUUGAUGAUGAGGAGGAAGAGGAAGAGGAAGAGGAAGAGCUCCCUGACGAUGACCUCGAAGAGGAAGAUGAUACCGCAAAGGAGAGUGGACCCGCCAAGGCGGCCACGAAGGCCAAGGGAGGUGUCGUUCCCAAGGAGCCUGAGGUGGAUAUCGAGGGCGAUGACGAGUGA